UAGUGAAGCAGGACAACGAGAAAUCAAGGUGAGUUUCCAUCUCAUUGAUUUUGAUCUUAAGUUGCUGUCUUUAGUGUUGAAGUUUCAGUUUUUGGAUCAAUGAUUUAUUCCAUCUUCAAAAACCAAGUGUCCAUAAGAAAUGGCUCCUGGAUUCUCCCAACUUGUGCUAAAAGUGUUAGUUUUUGCCGAAUAAGUUCAUUGUUUGUUGUUAGAUAUGAAUCUGGAAUUGCAGGAAAAGAACAGUCGUUUAGUAUUUCUUACCUCAUAAACACACUUGGGUUGUCUCCACAAUCUGCGUUAUCAGUGUCUAAGAAGAUCCAUUUUGAGACCUCUGAACAGCCAGACACUGUGAUUUCCUUCCUCAUGAACCAUGGCUUUUCAAAACCCCAGAUCAGAAGCAUCAUUCAGAAAUGGCCUGCAUCUCUUUUAUGCAAUCCCGAGAAAACACUUUUGCCCAAAUUUCAAUUCUUUUACUCCAAAAGAAUUUCGGGUGUUCAACUUUUAAGAAUCCUGUCUUCAAACCCUGAUAUCUUGAGAUAUAGUUUGGAUAACCGCAUCAUCCCAAACUUCAAUGCCUUGAAGGAGUUCACUCGAUGCAACGAUGAUCAGGUGUUUUCAGCAUACAGGAACUAUUCUAACAUUCUUUCGUGUGAUUUUCGAUCUAUGAUUGCUCCUAAUCUUGCAAUCGUGAAAGAAUGUGGGAUGCCUGAACCAACUAUUAUGGUUGAACUUGUUCUCCACCCAAGAGCCUUUGUAAUGAAUCCUGAUAAGUUUAGAAUAACGGUCGAAGAAGUAAAGAAAUUGGGAUUUGAUCCUUUAAAACGUAGCUUCCUUACGGCUCUUCAAGCUUUCUUUCAGAUCAGUAAAUCGUCAUGGGAUAAAAAAACCAAUGUUCUUAAACAAUGGGGAUGGUCUAAUGAAGUUGUUCUUUCAGCUUUUGUGAAGUACCCGAGAUUUAUGAUGUAUUCUGAGCAGAAGAUCACUGCGGUAAUGAGCUUUUUCGUCCAUACAAUGGGAUGGAAAGCAUUGGAGAUCGCUAAGCAUCCUGUUCUUAUUUCGUUUAGCUUGGAGAGAAGAAUCAUCCCAAGGUGUUCGGUUCUCCAAGCUUUGUUAUCAAAAGGUUUGAUCGAGAAGUUCAAUAUUUGUUUUAUGUUGAAAUGUACCGAAAAGGAAUUCCUCCAAAGGUUUGUGAUCCCUUAUGAAGAUGCUUAUUUAUUGAAAUUAUAUGAGCAGCAGUUAGGCCUUUGAAACAUAGUAUGACUUUAGAUUACUUUGAUCCGGGUUUGAGUGUCGGAUAUGAAUAUAAAUCAAACGCUCGUGUUGGAUACGAGUACUUCAAAAAAUUCUAAAAGAGU